CCUGGGGCUGGAUGAGGGAUGCUACACUGUGCGGCAGCAUCAGUACCAGCUUGCUUUACCGUUGGGCGGAAAAUCAAAGCAGAGCGGCAUUCCGACAGAUUACAGUAAAGACACCUCAGUUGGUUGAAAUGGAUGAUCAAAAGGAAUCACUGAGGAAGAUCACCAACACACUGGCCGUGAAGAAUGAAGAGAUCCAGAAUUUCAUAUGCUGCCUGAAACAGAGCCUGGAGAACCUGGAGGCCAACUCCACCCGUGUCCAGGAGGACCUGGUGGCUGAAUUCGCCUCCCUGUCCUCCACCCUGGAGGGGCUGAAGGAGGGCAUGAUCACCCGCAUCAAGCAGGAGAGGGCCAGCCGCACCUACGAGCUGCAGAAUCAACUGAGUGCCUGCACCAAAGCCCUGGAAAGUUCAGAGGAGCUGCUGGAGCUGGCCAAUCAGACGCUCUGCUCCUCCGACACGGACAGCUUCAACCAGGCGGCCAAAGAGAUAAAGGAUAGCGUGACGAUGGCUCCAGCAUUCCGUCUGUCCCUCAAAGCCAAGGCCAGCGACAGCAUGAGUCACAUGAUGGUGGAUUUUGCUCAAGAGAAGGAAAUGCUGCAGGCCAUCAAGUUUCUGCCAGUGCCUGCCACUCCGGAGAUCCAGGAGAGGGACUGCCUGGUGUCGGACAACACCGCGACCGUGGUGUGGUCGCUGCCAGAGCCCGACUCCAAGAUCGACCACUACGUCCUGGAGCACCGGAGAACCAACCACGAGGGCCCCCCGCGUUCAAAGGAGGACUACCCCUGGAUGGUGAUGGAGGGCAUCCGUGAGACGGAGUUCACCCUCACAGGUCUCCGUUUCGACACGCGCUUCAUCACCUUCCGCGUGAAGGCGUGCAACAAGGCCGUGGCAGGAGAGUUCUCCGAGCCCGUAACCCUGGAAACCAUCGCGUUUGUGUUCAAACUGGACUCGGGGACGGCCCACCAGAACCUGCGCGUGGAGGACCUGAGCGUGGAGUGGGACAGCAGCGGGGGGAAGGUCCAGGAGAUCCGCAAGGACAAGAACCGGACCAACUCGCCCAUGAACUCCCCCGCAAGGAACGCCGUGAUGUCGCCGAAGAGAGCGCCGUCCGCUCGGGUGGGACGUGACCGAUUCACCGCUGAGUCAUACACCGUGCUGGGGGACACGGCGAUCGACGGGGGGCAGCAGUACUGGGAGGUGCGCUUCGAUAAGGAGAGCAAGGCCUUCGCCGUGGGCGUGGCCCUGCGCACGCUCGGGCGUUUCGACCAGCUGGGCAAGACCAGCGCCUCCUGGUGCUUCCACCUCAACAACUGGCUGCAGCAGAGCCUGACCGCCAAGCACAACAACAAGGCCCGCGCGCUGGACUGCCCCGUGCCCGACCGCGUCGGCGUCUACUGCAACUACGAGGAGGGAAUACUGUCCUUUUACAAUGGCCGCAGCAAGCAGCUCAUCCACACCUUCAGGACAAAGUUCCCCCAGCCCGUCGUACCUGCUUUCAUGGUGUGGAAUGGCAGUUUCUCGGUGCAGACGGGGCUGCAGGUGCCCAGCAUCGUGCAGAGUGGCCAGAAGAGGAGCAGCGAUGCCAGCAGCUCUAACACCAGCCUGACCUAAGACCCCGGUGGCGGGCAGGACCGCAGCAGAACCUCCGCCUGGACCGGGCCUGGACCGGGGCCCACAGGAAGCUCAGCCCCUCCAGAACUCCUCCUGUCCCCCUUCCAGGACAGAACGUUUAACCAGCUGCACCACCACCAGCGUCACGUCUGGCUGCCCUUGGGAGACUCACCGUCUGCUCCGUUUAAUUUCGCUGACCCCUUGUGCCUUGUAGCUCUCCGAGACAAAAUGAUUGUGUGCACUAAAUAACGUUCGUAAAAACAAGAGGCAAGCUCCAAAUAGCUCAAUGCAACCCAAAACUACAAUAACAGAUUAUUUUAUUGUGUUAUUCUUAACAUGUUAUGGUAUUAAUGUGUCACUAUGUUAACUGUUGAUACAGCUUUAAUAUUGUAACUUGCUGCUAUUCCAAGCUUGGAUGUUUGGAGUGGGUAGACCUUGAAAAUAGCAUGCUUCGUACACACAAGGGCACACAAAAACACAAGCUCACAUAAUACAUGGUCUACACACACACACACACACACACACACACAAAACUGUAUUCUUGCACACACACAUGCACAUUCCCAUCUCCUUGCACACACACAUAUAAACGCACACCACUCACACACACGCACCAACUUUAUUCCUCUCUCUCAUGCUCUCGGUCUCACACACACACACACACCCACACCCACAAGCAGGUGAACAGAGUAGCAUAAUGACAAACGAGUUCUCGCUGAACCAUUUAAUAAUACAGAGCUUCUUACAGAAUGUGCUUCAUGCCACAUAACUUGGCAGCAGCAUGAGGCAGUGUCGAGAUGGGUCCAGCAGGAUUUCUGUGCAGUGAUCUGGGUCUUGGAGGGUGUGUGAGAAUGCAAAGUGUUGUACUGUACUCCAAAAUGGUCAUUGAAAGCCUGCUAGUAAUGGGUCAACUACCAUCAACUACCAUGUAUGCGCAGAGAAUAAAAGAUAGUGUUAGGAUGUGAUUGUUCAUUCCCAGUUGUGUGUUAACACCAAUUUCCUGUUUAGUUAGCACUUCUUUUUUUCCAAGUGCCAUGGUGUAUUUUCUUUGAGCUGUCAUACCAAGGUAUUCAAAGAGAGGGGGGGGGGUGUUAAAAUAUCAGUAUGCAUAUUAUGUGAAUAUAAUCCACAAUGCUUUAAAUGCUGAAAUCAUUUUUAUUUUAUAAUUUACUGAUUUAAAAAAAGUAAUCACCUUGUAAAUGCUUUGAUUUUCCACUUAAAACACAGUGGCCAAUAAAACCACAGUGAGGCAAG